CUGUGAAAAGGUGGUCAGGACUGUUCGGGUUGUGGUGCAAGAGAGAUAACUCUAAUAUCCAGAACGGAAGUUUCGUUCAAAGAUGGCGUCUGCCUUAUUUCGAAGUGGACGUGCGGCUGAAAGAUUAGCCUUCCAGCAUGCCGCGCGGGUUAUGUGUGUAGCUAAUGGUGGAGCACCCUGUCAGCAGAAACGCCACCUAUCUGUUCAUGAAUACAUGAGCUUUGGCUUAUUGCGAGAGGCGGGGGUAGCAGUGCCUUCCUUCAGGGUGGCCCAGACAGCAGAUCAGGCAUACAACUUUGCCAAGGAGCUGGGCCAUGUUGCUGGAUCACCGGAUGUUGUGCUGAAGGCCCAGGUCUUGGCAGGUGGAAGGGGCAAAGGAUCUUGGGACAGUGGACUCAAGGGAGGAGUGAAGCUUGUAUUUUCGGCUGAUGAAGCAAAGGAUUUGGCAUCGAAGAUGUUGAACCACAAGCUGUUCACAAAGCAGACUGGGAGUGAGGGGAGAUUAUGCUCCAAUGUCCUGGUGGCAGAAAGACUGUACUCAAGACGCGAGUUCUACUUCGCUAUCACAAUGGAGAGAAGUUUUGGGGGCCCAGUGCUGGUUGGCAGCUCGCAGGGAGGUAUGAAUAUAGAAGAUGUGGCCAAAGAUAACCCCUCUGCUAUUCUGAAGAGUGCAGUUGAUAUUGCAUCUGGUCUGUCAAAGGAACAAACGAUCAAACUGGCUGCAGAUAUGGGUUUUAGUGACCAGUGUGUUGACGAGGCGGCAGACUAUAUGAUGAAGCUCUACAAUGACAUCUUCCUCAAGUAUGAUGCUACGUUAGUUGAAAUCAACCCCAUGUCAGAAGAUGCCAAUGGACGAGUAUUCUGCAUGGACUGCAAGUUGAAUUUUGAUGAUAAUGCCUCAUACCGCCAAAAGGACAUUUUCUCUCUCCGUGACUGGAGCCAGGAGGAUGACAGAGACCAACGGGCAGCUGAAGCAGAUCUCAAUUACAUCGGGUUGGAUGGCAGCAUCGGUUGUCUUGUGAAUGGUGCUGGUCUGGCCAUGGCCACAAUGGAUAUCAUCAAGUUGCAUGGAGGCACUCCAGCCAACUUCCUUGAUGUCGGUGGUGGUGCCACCUCACAGCAGGUGACGGAAGCAUUUAGACUCAUCACAUCAGACCCAAAGGUUCAUGCGAUUUUGGUGAAUAUUUUUGGUGGUAUCAUGAGAUGUGAUAUAAUUGCUCAGGGCAUUGUAGCAGCUGCAGCAGAACUACAACUGAAAAUACCAAUAGUUGUCAGAUUACAAGGAACAAGAAAUGAAGAUGCAAAAGCUAUCAUUGCAGCCAGUCAAAUGAAGAUCUUAGCCUGUGAUAAUCUCGAUGAGGCAGCUAGAAUGGUUGUAAAGCUAUCAACAAUCGUGACCCUUGCAAGAGAAGCUGACAUACAUGUCAAGUUUGAACUUCCACUGUUGUAGCAGAGCUUGGGUAAGUUUGCUGGUGGGGUGAGAUGAGUAUACAGCUGCCUGUGUAGGUGUAAGCCACAGCAGUCUAACCAUGUCCCUGUCACAGAUCACCCUCCCCUCUCUCAGACUAGCUGUAUUCCUUGUCAGUCUGCUUCUUACAUCCAUAGCCCUCUCUACACUGGCUAGUCACUGGGAGAUAUCUGACCUGGGGGUUGUAGUAUAUUACCAGCUGCAUGCCUUAAUAAAUUGUUUAAUAUCAUCAGGUGCAAAGGCCAGGAUUUAACAACUCUCACAUAUGCUCUUUAGGAAUUAUUGAAUGUUAUUCAAGUGACUGACCAGGAAUAUAUCCUGGCUCUUAGUCCAUUGUAGACAUUUACCUCCAACUUCCAUCCACUGUCUGUUUUCUGUAGAAGCUGGUAGCGAUGUAUUUUGUUUCCCACUUGCUGGUUUUUUUUCACUUCUCAAGUCAUUGCCUCUAAUGAGCAAACAUGAAAACUUCACAGUGUGUUGUGUUCACUAUAUUUUCUGGGUUAGAAUGAUGGAUAAACAUUAUAUUGUAUCAGCUCUAUGUACUAAUUAUAUCUUGUUUGUCACAGUAACAGAGGAAAGAGUGAGUGAGUUGGGUUUAACGCCGCUUUUAACAGUAUUCCAGUUAUAUCACGGCGUGUCAGCUUAAUGUGGGAGGAAAGACCGAAGUGACUUCAGUGAAACCCACAAACACGGGUAUGGUGCUGACAAACCUAGAAACAUAAUCAUCGAUCAUAGGUUUCUGGCAUGCCCAAGGGACGCAACUCUGCACAGCGAAUCGCAGCGCCUUAGACGACUGGGCCACCUAUGCCCCCAUCAGCAUUGAAUUUAGUGUUGGUAGCUGAGAUAAAAGUGUUUAAUUAAAACAAACUUCAUCUUGACAGUAACAUUUUCUAUCAAUCCUCAUGAAAUGUAACUGUUUAUGCUCUUUGAUAGUUCUGUGAAUGGAAUUCUAAAUAAACUUUUUGACCUAUGCACCUUUAUUCAAUCAACUUUAUUGUAUCCAGUAGGGCUGUUACAAUUCACUCGUGUAUUCGGUGAAUGGAACUGUAUCCAUUCAUGAAUUGAAUUCGUUAUUCGUGGUCACUAGAAUUGAAUACUAAUGAAUAUGCAGUCAUGUGCAUUUACAUACCCUGACCCUUAAAAUAUCCAUAAGAACAUAUUAACAUAUGCGUAGAUUUCUUCAAAGACAACACUCUUUUAUAUUUAAUUUGACAGUAAUGUAGUCACUGGUUAUUGUCGCAUUUUAGCAGAUACUAGUACCUGGAUAAGUGAAGUAUAUAAAUGUAUAAUAAAUUAAUAAUUAACAAACUAUGUCACAUAAUUUAUUUUGUUAUUGUUUCACUGACUAUCAUAAAUAAUACAUGAACUGCUGACCUGCUAUUGUAUUCGUGAAUAAAUAUUUGUAUUUGUUACCCUAUAUUCAUGAUACGAAUCGUAUUCGCCUCACAGUGUAUUCGUUGCAGCCCUAGUAUCCGGUAAUAUAAGGUAUGUUACAGCUGAGCCGACUACCAUUCUCGCGAUCAGUCUAUGUUGUGAUCAGCUUACUGGAUAUGUGAGGGAUAUGUGCGAAAACGUGGUCCUUUGUUCUACAGUUUCCGUCUGGAUUCCAGAGUCCUGUGUAUUUACCGAGAUCUGGAUUAAACAGAUUCCACUGUAUUGUCAUUGCAACCUCAACAUUACUGACACUAUUUUAACAGGUAGCAGGUCGAUGAUGCAGAAAUAGCUAACAAUAUAAAGCAUGCUGAAUAAAAUUUUCUGAUAAACUUUCCACAUGCUUGUCACAAAUAGUUUUCAUGCCCUCUUGCACAACAACGUUUGGUAUGAAUAUCUUUCACUGGGCAUUGUCAGGUUUUCCACUUUCACAAUGUAUACCUGGUAUGUUGGUACUGCUGUCUACAACAUUGACCUUUGUCAGUGAGUGGAAAUGAUGAGCAUGUAUGAAAUAGUUUUUACUUCCGUGCAAUAUUUGUUCCUCUCUCUGUAAUGAGCUUUCAUUUCCACUUCAUUUGGCAUGAUUUGGUGAGUGAAAUUGCACACCGGUCUAAACAUUAGUUUUGUUUACACACCUAACAACAUUCCCUCCAUGGUUUGCUAAGAACUCACUUUGUGCACAUGAUUAAUACAAGAGAAGUAGACCUGACUGUGUUACAUCAAUCUAUCGGCAUUGCAUGUGUAUGUCUUAACAACUCACUGACACAUUCUUUACCCUGCUCUAGGUGUCUAACACACUUAUUCUUGUUUGUCAAAAUCUAACUACUAAACCAUCAGAUGAAACAGUUACAGUUGGUAUUUUGUGUGCAGUAGGGCUGGGAUGGGUAACAAGAUACUUACCAAGGGAGAAAGUACUGAGACUCAUAGUCACAUGGCUUUAUCGACCGUCAUCUUUUGAAAAUAGAAAAAUGGAAACAAAUAAUGACAUAAUUGAAACUUUUGUACUGUUCUGUUUUUGUUUUUAUUUUUCUCAGUGUACUUGUAAAACAUUUAAUUUGUUUGCUGUUAAUGCUUUAUUCAACCGACAAGAAUCAUUUUUGAUUCAGGACUUCUAACAAAUAUUAAAUAUUGACCAUAGUAUUUCCACAAGAACACGCAAUGUAAUGUUCAAAGCAGGUACCCUGUUUGGGUAGGAGCGGCAUGGGUACCAGAAUACUAGAUUCUUCCCAGCCCUACUCAUUUCCAGGGCAAUUGCAGUAGGUAAUGGAAUAAGGGCUUGUUUAAAAGGUGAUACUCCAGAAAUAAUGAAAGAUCCUUGAAAUGUGGAAAAGUGAAAUUUAACCAUUUUAAAAAUUGAUGAGUGUCUUUGUUGCAACUAUUUACUAUCCCCAGGCUCAAAAAGGAAACCCUGACUAGCCUCCAGUCCUGUUGUGGAUCAUGUGAUCCCGUGUCACCUUGCAGCUUGAUGGCUGGCAGGACUUGUAGAUACUGACUGUACAGAAUCCCACUCCAAGUUGCUGUGUAAAGAGAGAAAUACAAUGUGCUGAUUGUUGCAGAGAUAUCUUCAUGCCACCAUUAAAAUAUGUUAUUCAA